AUGGCUACACCACCUGUCCGACAGUGGGGUGUUACACCUCCGAUCUCGACCGUCCUGCCGACCAAGGAUGAGCUUGCCGCAAAUGACGAUCUCAUUGCCGAGCUCAAGGCUCAGAACAACUUCGAGCUACCGACUGAAACGGAACGGAGAAAACAAGUGCUCCAGUUACUCCAGCGCGUCACAGUGGAAUUUGUUCAAGUUGUCAGUCGCAAGAAGGGUCUAUCUCCUGCUGCUGUUGAGGCUUCUGGUGGUAAAAUCUUCACAAUGGCUUCCGAGGGAGCCAUUGAAAAGAUGACACCCGUGCCCGAUGCGUUCGUUCCGAUCAUCAAGCUCGAGCUGUGUGGAAUCAGUAUCGAUCUGAUUUUUGCCCGCCUUGUCGUUCCCGCUAUCCCGAUGAACCUUGAUUUGAAGAAUAAUGAUUACCUCAGAGGACUGGACGAACGAGAGGUGCGGUCGCUAAAUGGAACUCGUGUUACAGAUGAAAUACUGGAGCUUGUCCCCCAACAAAAGACAUUCCGUCUUGCAUUGCGAGCAAUCAAACUCUGGGCUCAGCGACGAGCGAUCUACUCGAACAUUGUCGGAUUCCCUGGUGGUGUUGCGUGGGCAAUGCUGGUGGCUCGAGUUUGUCAACUAUACCCGCAAGCAACUGGCUCUGUCAUUGUGGGAAAGUUUUUCCGAAUUAUGAACAAAUGGAAUUGGCCUCAGCCUGUCUUAUUGAAACAGAUCGAGGAUGGGCCCCUUCAGAUAAAAGUCUGGAACCCAAAGAUUUACCAUGGUGAUCGAUUCCACCUUAUGCCCAUCAUCACUCCUGCGUAUCCUUCGAUGUGCUCGACUCACAACAUAAGUCUGUCCACUAAGGCUGUUAUUCUCAGGGAGCUACAGCGAGGUGGCGACAUCGUCGACAAGAUCUUCAUGAAACAGCUUUCGUGGCAGGAUUUAUUUGCGCGCCACACAUUUUUCACCCACGAUUACAAGUACUAUCUCAGUAUCACCGCUUCUAGUAAGACCAAGGAGGCCGAGUCCGUGUGGUCGGGUCUCGUGGAGUCCAAGCUGCGUCACCUUGUGGGCGCUUUAGAUCGCAAGCCAAUUGUUGCAGUGGCCCACCCAUUCCCCAAGGGAUUUGAAAGGAUUCAUCGCAUCACCAGCGAGCAAGAAAUGGAGGCAGUCAAGAAUGGAUCUACACAAUAUCAGGCUAAAGGCACAAAGACCGCGAUGACCGAUGAGACUAAGGAUGCUGCUCACCAAGCCGCAAUCCAGAACACCCUCGAAAACGCAGAGGUCCCAGAGCCGGCCGUGGGCAAGGUCGAGGGCACGGUUGAUGAUGAUGGCCAGACCGUUUACACAACGACUUAUUACAUCGGCCUAGAGCUGAAACCACUGGAGCCAGGCCAAUCGCGAUCUCUGGAUAUAUCAACCGACUCACAGAUCUUCAAGUCAACUUGCACCUCAUGGCCAGGAUACCAGGAAGAGGUCAUGGAGUUGGCCGUCACCCAUGUCCGCAAUUUUGAUUUGCCCGAUGAUGUCUUCCAACCCGGUGAGACCCGAGCCUCUCGACCAAAGAAAAAAGUUGCCAAACGGUCAGAGACAGCUGGCCAGAAACGCAGCAUUGGCGAGUUGGACGUAAGUGUGCAGAAGCGAGUGAAAUCCGCAUAA